AUGCUCAAAGUGGGAGAGGAAGAACACUAUGGAGACAAUGGGAAUCAGACAUCAGGGAGCCGCAGGCUGGGGAGGUGUACAGAGGAGGUUCGGGGAGGCUCAGCUCCAUGCUGCUCUCUGAGGAGUGAGGAGCUAGCAGGCAGAAGAGACGAACCUGAACUCCAUCCUGCAUCAAACUCCUGCAGCAUCUGGAAGGUGACCUUCAUCAUGAUUCCAGCCGUCCUCUUCCUCCUUUUGCUCUCAAUGACAAAUGUCCUGCUGGGCAUACCAGUUGACUAUGAUGAUAAAUCUGAAAAACCCCUCAAGCUGCUUGAUGACAUCGUCAUCCCCGACAUUCGGGCCAGGAAUGCAGACCCAUGCACUGCCAUAGGCUGCAAGUGGCCCAAAACCGGACGCUUUGUAAAUGUGCCCUACGAGAUCUCCUCUGACUACUCUAAGGAACAGCGCAAGUUCAUCAUUGAUUCCCUAGAGCAAUUACAUGGUGUCUCCUGCAUUCGUUUUGUCCCACGAAGCGAUCAACAUCGUGAUUACAUCCAUUUCUUUUCAGAAGAGGGGUGUUGGUCCUUUGUAGGUCGUCGGAAUGGAGGACAGAAAAUCUCUCUGCAGAAAAACGGGUGUUUGUACACCUCCACUGUGCAACAUGAGGUUUUUCACGCUCUGGGCUUCAACCAUGAACAGGUCCGCUCCGACAGAGAUGACUACGUUGAGAUUCACUUCGAGAACGUUGGGGAAGGAGAGGAGCACAACUUUGACAAAACGGACACCAACAACCUGGGGACUCCAUAUGACUUCAAUUCUAUCAUGGAAUAUGACAACACUGCCUUCUCCAAAAAUGGGAAACCAACCAUCGUUGCCAAAUGCGACCCCAAAAUGCAGUUUGGAGAUGCCGAAAAAAUGAGUGUCAAUGACAUCGCCCGUGUCAACAGGCUUUAUAAGUGCUAAAUUCAUCUUUUGAAGACGCCGGCCUCCAGAAGCUGCAGCUGGUCAGAAGCUUCAUCACAGACCAAACUGAGCUAGCAUAAAAAAUAAUAUCUGCCUCUGUCCUUUUCUUAAUAAACAGCUGGAAUUUAUGGUUUGGUUUUGGAAAAUGUUUUUUGCCACUAGGCGGAUCAGUGAUAGCCAAUGAGACAUAAACAGCAAGCAUCGCCACAUUUAUGUUUCUGCUUUAAUUUGCUUUGGUGUUUAAGUAAUUAAUAACUUAAAUUAAUUGCUUAAAUACUGAGGGAAAUGUUACAGGAAAAAGGAAAUCUCUUCUUUGCACUGAUUGCUUAUGCAGCAAUGUAUUGAAUUUGCCUAAUA